UAAAACGUCUUAUUGGUUGUGGAUUAAAUCGGUCUGAGUUAUACGCUUAAAAGGGUUUCCCAGCAUGUACAGAAGACUAUUAUACGCAUGCAUCACUCUAGGACACAUGCUUCUAGUAACAGGAAAGCGAUGUCCCGCACCUUGUUCUUGUCACAAAGAUGUUGUCAAUUGCAGUGGGAAAAAACUUGAACGAAUUCCGAAAAAUCUACCUCCCUCCACAAAAACUCUGCUUCUUGGUCAUAACCGUAUUCAGGAUAUCAAAAAGAGUGACUUCUGUGUCUUAAAAUACCUUGUGGAAUUACAGUUACAGAAUAACAAAAUCGAAUCAGUUUUGUCCGACACGUUCACGGGUGCCUGCAUUCCAAAUAUUCAGACAAUUCGACUGGAAAAUAAUAAUAUAAACGUGACUGGCGAAAGUGCAUUCUACAAUUUAUCGGUGCUUGUUAAUACGACGUUGACAAAUAACAAAUUAGUUCAGAUGCAUCCUAACACAUUUCGUGGCACUUCUUUAAAGUUUUUACAUUUGGGAAGUAAUCAUCUAACCACAAUACCAAACUUACAAGGCCUAAGUGGUCUUAAUAAUAUAGUAUUGGAGGGAAAUAAAAUACAGAACUGUACUUUCCCAAGUGAGUUUGCGACCAUGUCCAAUUUGACAACAAUCGGAAUGAGUAAAAACAAAAUACAGGAAUUGUCUAAAGACGCCUUUAUAGGUCUUAAACAUGGUAAAGUACGUACACUUAAACUAGCCCGAAAUAAUUUAUCAAAAAUUUCAAAUGAAAGUUUAUUACCUUUGUCAAACCUACAGUCUCUUACAAUUGGUUGGAAUCCAUUAACGGACACUGAACUAUAUAAUGCAUUAUCCGGGUUGGUGAAUACUCCCUUGUCUUCUCUUAGCAUCUCAAGUGUACAGUUAAACGGACUCAUUCCAUCUCUCUCUCUGAAGGUGCUGGAAGCUGUGAACUUGUCAACUCUGGGUAUGAGUUUUAACGAAAUUAAUAAUAUUCCAUCUGAAGGGUUUAAAACUCUGACAAAAUUAAACAUUUUAGAUCUGAGUAAUUGUGGAAUUCGUUAUAUUCAUGAAAACGCCUUCAUUGGACUCAAAAACCUUAACAAUCUUCAACUGAGCAAUAAUUAUAUACAAUCGGUACCUAAGAAUAUACCUAAGAAUUUGUUAUAUCUUUAUAUGACUGGAAAUCAAGUCAAUGUUUUAAGAAAUAAUUCUUUUUCAGAUUUAAGAUCUUUAAGACGUCUUCAUUUAGGAAACAAUAAAAUUCUGACACUGUUUGGAGAAGCCUUUUUAGGUCUCAACAAAUUGGAAGAACUGCAGCUGUAUGGAAACCGCAUUAAUACUCUACCUAGCCGAUUAUUUGCUCCGUUCACUCGUCUAAUUCAAUUGGAACUUCAACAAAACAAAUUGAAAACGAUACAAAACUCAACCAAAACAUUUGCCUCGAUGACGUCAUUGAAAUAUUUAAAUUUAGCUGAUAAUGGUUGUUCCUCUCUUCCUUCAACACUGUUCUCAAAUCUAAAAUCGCUGCAGACCUUACAUCUUCGAGGAAAUCAGCUUGGAAAAUAUUUACUAAACGAUGUCGGAGGACAUUUAUUUCUGGGACUGAAGAAGCUUGAAUUUCUUGAUAUAUCAAGCAAUCAGAUCCAUUCCUUCCCCUCUAACAUCUUCAUAGACACGAGGAAUCUCCAUACAUUGCUUCUGCAAGAUAACUGGAUAUCUGGAUGGGGAGCGAGUCUUUUCUCCAAUUCUAUUUCUCUUUCUUCUUUGGAUUUGUCAAAUAAUAUGAUUACAAUCAUCAACGAAGGGAAUAUGAAGAAUUUAGGGUCAUUAGAGUCUGUAAACGUUACAAACAAUCCCUUUGCGUGCACUUGUGAUUUGCGUUGGUUUCGGAGGUGGAUCAAAAACACAAAAAUAAAAGUGAUAAACGUUAAAAAAUAUAAAUGUAAUUCCCCUGCUGAAUGGAAAGGCAAAUUGCUGAUUUCUUUUGAUGAAACCAAAAUUGAAUGUUCUCUUGUGUCCGUUUCAGUGGCUGUAGGAAUUUCGUCUGGUGUAUUAGUAGAAAGUAUUGUAAGUGCUUUCAUAAUAUAUCAAAAUCGAUUUAAUAUUAUAUAUCUACGGUAUCGUAUGAAAAAAUGGUUCGCAAGGAAACAUGGAGGCUACGAAGAGAUUAGGAAUAAAGAAUAUGAUGCUUGCCUUAUUUACUCAGAAUCAUCCGAUGAGGAUAAGGAAUGGAUCGAAACAAAUUUUCUGCCAGACUUUGAUAGGGGAAAGGAAAACGAUGAUUACCAUGGUGAAUAUAAAAUUUAUUAUCAGGAACGUGACACUUUGGGAAAUGCAAGUACUUUAGAAACUUUAAUGGACGUCAUGGAGAAAAGCAGAAAAAUCAUUUUAGUGGUAACAAAAAAUUUUAGGUUGUACCCUUUAGCACAUAUUCUGAUCACAGUGGCUUUAUGGUUACAGGGAGAUUCAAUUGAUGACAUUAUUAUUGUUACAGUGGGGGAAAUUUCAUUCGCAGAUGUACCACGCCUUCUUCAUUUCAAAUGCGUAGGUGAUCAAGUUGAGUGGAAACACAAUAAUAUAAAUUGCAAUCGAGUUUUUAAGGAGAAGAUGAAAGAGGAGUUGGGUAACCCGCUCAGAGAUUUUGAUACAGAGAUGCACUCCCCUGUUGAAUGAACAUAUACUUUUUAUUUAUAUAAUAAUGACAAAAUGUUGGAUGUUAAAAGGGAGUUUCAAGGGAUACAAUGUGU